UCACCUGUGUGACCUGCCUUGUCUAGAGGACAGAGCCGAAGAUGCAGAGCCUGCUCCUGACUGUCACGCUGUUUGUCCUGGUGGCUGUCCUUCAGGCCCAGGAUGAUCUGCCCUUCCUCUCAGAAGACAAGAACUUCUCAGGGACAUGGUACUUGAAGGCCACAGUGAAGGACCUGAACAGCACAGAGUGGAAGAACCCGAAGGAAGAAUUCCCUUUUGUAGUGAGAGCCCUGGAGAAUGGAAACAUGGAGGUCAUGGCUGUUUCCAUGUAUAAUGGUGAGUGCCUGCAGAUUGACAUCCUGUUGGAGAAAACAGAGAAGCCUGGCCAGUACAGUGCCUUUUGGGACACAAAUCUCAUGUACAUCUAUGAGCUGCCAGUGAUGGACCACUACAUCUUCUACAGUGAAUGCCAGAUCUUUGAGCAGAAAGUCUAUGCGGGAGAGCUCAUAGGGAAGGAUCCCACAGAAAAUCACGAGGCCCUAGAAGAGUUCAAGAAAUUCGUACAGCAAAAGGGCUUUCCACCUGAAAAUAUCAUUGUGCCUGAGCAGAGAGAUACGUGUUUCCCUAAAGAUCACUUUGCUGCCCUUCAGAAGUGCAAACCCUAAGCCAAUCCUGUACCAAUGCAUAGUAAUGCCUUUCCUGGAGUACCCGUCUCCCUGUACCACAUGGCACUGAGACACAUCCUUCAAGACCAUCUCACUGCCUGUCGGACCACACUCCUGCUAGGACCCUCUGUUUCACCCCAAACCCAAGUAAAGCCUUAAGCAGCCAUUCUGGACUCAGUGUGUGCUUUGGAGUCUCCUGUAAUCUCCGAGAAGCUCUAUGAUAAGGUUGAGGAGCUGUGGGACCU